AUGAGUACUAACCCGACUGACGACCACAAGUUUGUUUCGCCUGUGGCCAGGCCUACUUCGCCACCGAAAACGAAUGAAUCAUUGGAAAAGCAAGCUGCAGACGCUAAAGCUGUCGCUGCUGCAAAGAAGGAAACGCCAAUCGCUGUGCGUACCCGUCGUCACUUUCAACAGGAACUGCAUAUGAGCUCGCCAUCUGAUGCACAGUUGUCUCCAUGUACAACCAAAUUAUUUGGGAAGGGAGGAAAGAAGGUACUACUCUGA